UGCGUGCGGUGAAUGGAAUUGCCUGCGGCAUCGCGGCGCUGCUAAGUGUUAUCGAAUAUUAUUGUUUCUAAUAAAAAAAUACAUAAUCACUAAACUUCACCGUGGAUUAGACCGGUUUCAUAGGACAAAAGUUAUGAUUUAAAUCAAGGUCUUCAGACGAAAAAGUGAAAAGUUUAUGUAAUUUCUAUAAUGCAUUGAUAUGUAAAUGCAUUUAGCGUCGAGAGUAAACAGAUACCUAGAUCUCAAGAUUUCCCAUAAUCCAGUGGUAAUAAUUAGCGUGUAGGCGGUAGGUUUAUAAGGUAUGGUCGUGUUAUCGGUACUGCAUAUGCGCGCGUGAACACAAAGGAUGGCGGCCGGGACCGGCUGGCCGGCGGCGCUGCUGCUGGCGCUGCUCGGCUCGGCGACCUCCGCCUCGAGCGCAGGGCCGGCGGCGGACGAGGAGAGCGGCUCGCCCGCGCCCUGCGCCGCGCCGCAGUUCGCGUGCGCCGACCAGCUGCGCUGCCUGCCGCCGGCGUGGCGCUGCGACGGCCGCGCGCACUGCGCCGAUGCCUCCGACGAGCUCAACUGCACCAACCCCAAUCCUUCAUGUCGCGGCGACGAGUUCCGCUGCGCCGUCAGCAACUUCUGCCUGGCGCCGAGCUGGCGCUGUGACGGCGAGCCGGACUGCGGCGCCCACGACGCCUCCGACGAGGACCCCUACAUGUGUCAGAAGGACUUCAAGUGCCGCGGCAACAGCGCGCGCUGCGUCACGCCCGUGGAGGGGCAGUUCACGUGCGUGCCCGUCAGCCAGUUCUGCGACGGCGAGCGGCAGUGCCCCGACGCCAGCGACGAGUGGGACAUCUGUGACAACUUCACGGCGGGGGACUGCGGUGCGCUGCGCUGCGAGCUGGGCUGCCGGCCCACGCACGCCGGCCUCGCCUGCUACUGCCAGCCGGGCUUCGAGCCAGACGCCGCUGGACUCUGUGUUGACACGGACGAGUGCGCGUGGGAGGACGCGUGCGCGCAGCGCUGCAGCAACACGCGCGGCUCGUACGAGUGCGCCUGCGCGGCCGGCUACCGCCUGCACGCCGACCGCCGCGACUGCCUGCCCAUCAACGAGCCCGAGGACGAGCCGCUGUCGCUGAUCGUGGUGACGACGGAGGGCGUGCGGCGCGAGUGGGCGGAGGGCGGCGCGCGCUCGCGCAACCACUCGCUGGCGGCGCUGAACGUGCGCGCGCUGGACUUCGUGCACGCGGAGCGCAGCGUGUGCUACGUGCACCACAACCUGAGCAAGUCGGGCAUCGUGUGCGUGGACGCGGACGACUUCGCGCGGCGCCGCUCGCUGGGCGCGCCGCCGCUGUUCCCCGACGUGGCGGGCGCCAGCCACCUGGCGAGCGACUGGGUGGCGGGCAACUGGUACGUGGUGGACGGCGCGCGCGAGGCGCUGUACGUGUGCUCGCGCGCGCUGGCGCACUGCCGGCUGCUGCUGGACGCGGCGCUGGGCAAGGUGCACGGCUUCGCGCUGGACCCGGGCGCGGGGCUCAUGUUCUGGACGGUGUGGGGCGCGGCGCCGCCGGCGGUGGAGCGCGCGGCGCAGACGGGCGCGGCGCGCGCGGCGGUGGCGCGGCUCAAGCUGGUGUACCCGUCGGCGCUGGCGCUGGACCCGGCGGCGCGGGCGCUGUACUGGGUGGACGCCUACCUGGACUGCGUGGAGCGCGCCGACUACAGCGGCGCCGCCCGCCGCACGCUGCGCCGCGGCUACGCGACGCAAGAACUGCAACACAUUUCGGUGCUGGGCUCGACGCUGUUCCUGCCGGUGUGGCGCAACAGCUCGGUGGCGCUGGUGUCGCGGCUGGCGGGCGGCGGCGCGGCGCGGUCGCUGGCGCUGCCGGCGCGGCCCACGGGCGCGCUGGCCUUCCACGCGGCGCGCCAGCCGCGCACCCCGCACCCCUGCGCGCAAGACAACGGCGGCUGCCAGCACCUGUGCCUCACGGCCUACGCGCGCGGCGCCCCGCUCGCGCACUGCGCCUGCCGCCACGGCUUCCGCGCCGCCGGCCGCGCCUGCCAGCGCGUGCGCCUGCCCGCCUACCUGCUGCUGGCGCGCGGCGCGCCGCCGCUCGUGCAGGCGCUGGCGCCCGAGCCGCGCGGCGAGGAGGCGGCCGCGCCCGUCACCGACGCCGCGCGCCCCACCGCCGCCGACGUCGACGUGCCCGGCGACUACCUCUACUACUGCGACGUGCACCGGUACGAGAUCGUGCGCCAGAAGCUGGACGGCAGCGGGCGCGAGGUGUUCGCCGGCCGCGACGUCGACAACUGCGAGGGCUUGGCGGUGGACUGGAUGGGACGCAACCUGUACUGGACGGACGAGGCGCUGGGCACGCUGAGCGUGGCGCGGCUGGACGCGCCGGCGCAGCGCCGCGUGCUGGUGCGCGACGACGACUACCAGCACUACCACCCGCGCGCCAUCGCGCUGCACCCCGCCAACGGCACGAUGUACUGGUCGGUGUGGGCGGGGCGCGGCGCGGGCGGGCGCAUCGAGGCGGCGCACAUGGACGGCAGCGCGCGCCGCACGCUGGUGGCGGACGCGCUGCACUGGCCCGCCGGCCUGGCGCUGUCGGAGCGCGGCGAGCUCUACUGGUGCGACACCUACCUCAACAAGAUCGAGCGCCUGGCGCUGGCCUCGGGCGAGCGCUCGCUGGUGGCGGCCGACGCGCCCGACGCGCCGCUGCUCAAGCCGUACGGGCUGGCGCUGCACGAGGGCGCCGUGCUGUGGAGCGAGCACGGGUCGGGCGCGGUGCGGCGGCGCGGCGCGGGCGGCGCGGUGGCGGAGCUGUACCGCAUGCCGCCGCCGCUGUACGGGCUGACGCUGGUGGCGGAGGCGGCGCGGCGCGGGCACAACGCGUGCUCGCGCGACAACGGCGGCUGCGCGGAGCUGUGCCUGGCGCGGCCGGGC